CAUAAGUGUGUCUCGUAGAGCGACGGGGUUCAUAAGACCAGCUACCCACAGUCCGUGUUCAGUCGAUGAAGUGGUGCACUCUGGGAAAUAUCGACGAGGAAACAUGCAGUCGAUAUUUGGAACAAAUGGAGAGGAAAGUCCCGAGCCGGUGAAAGCUGAAGUGAAAGGGUCCCUCCCGGCCUGGCUGCAGGGAACACUCCUGAGGAACGGGCCGGGCCUUUUCUCUGUGGGAAAGUCCGAGUACAACCACUGGUUUGACGGCAUGUCGCUCAUCCACAGCUUCACCUUCUGCAACGGCGUUGUGACCUACAGAAGUAAGUUUCUGAAGAGCGACACCUACAAGAGGAACAUCAAGGCCGACAGGAUCGUCGUCUCUGAGUUCGGCACCAUGAUCUACCCGGAUCCCUGCAAAAACAUCUUUUCCAGGGCCUUCACCCAUCUAAGCAACAUUGUCCCCGACUUCACUGACAACAAUUUGAUCAACAUCAUUCGCUACGGUCAGGACUACUACGCCUCCUCUGAGGUCAACUACAUGAACCAGAUUGAUCCAGCCACGCUGGAAACUGUGGGCCGGAUUAACUACAGGAACCACAUCGCUCUGAACCUGGCGACGGCUCACCCUCACUACGACACCGAGGGCAACACCUACAACAUGGGCACCGCCAUUAUGGGCUUCGGCCUGCCGAAAUACAUCAUCUUCAAAGUCCCCGCUGAUGCUUCAGAUAAAGAGCACAACAAGCCGGCGCUGAGGAAGGUCCAGCAGAUCUGCUCCAUCCCGUUUCGCUCCACUUUGUUCCCCAGCUACUUCCACAGCUUCGGCAUGACCGACAACUACAUCGUGUUCGUGGAGCAGCCCUAUAAACUGGACAUCGUGAAACUGGCCACCGCCUACUUCAGAGGGGUCAACUGGGGGAGCUGCCUGAAGUACGAUAAGGACGACAUUACCUUAUUUCACGUCAUCAACAGAAAGACAGGAAAGGCCAUGUCCACACACUUCUACGGCGACGCCCUGGUGGUCUUUCACCACAUCAACGCGUACGAGGCCGACGACCACGUGGUGUUCGACCUGAUCAGCUACACGAACAGCAACCUGUACGACAUGUUCUACAUCCACAACAUGAGGCAGGACACCGGCAGCUUCAUGGAGUCUAACAAGAACGUCCCCAUGCCGGUCUGCCAGAGGUUCGUCCUGCCGCUCGACGUCAACAAGGACGCUCCACAAGGGUCUAACUUGGUGACGCUGACGGGCACGACGGCCACGGCGCUGAUGCAGGAGGACGGCUCUGUCUACUGCCAGCCGGACACGCUGUUUGACGGUCUGGAGCUCCCGGCCAUCAACUACAACUUCAACGCUAAGAAGUACAGAUACUUCUACGGCUCCAGGAUGGAGAGGUCAGCUCAUCCCAACAAGAUAGCCAAGUUUGACAUCACCACCAGGAAACACGUGGAGUGGCGUGAAGAGAACUGCUUCCCUUCUGAGCCGGUGUUCGUUGCGUCUCCGGGAGCCGUGGAGGAAGACGACGGCGUGAUCUUAUCGUCCGUCAUCUCUCCGGAUCCCAACAUCUUUUCCUUCAUGCUCGUCCUCGACGCCAAAACCUUCACAGAGAUCGCCCGAGCCUCCAUCCCCGCCAACGUCCACAUGGACCUUCAUGGACAUUUCAUCCCCGCCGCCGUCUGACUUCGUUAUUGAUUGUAAAUGUUGUAUCUUGUUCACGGGCUGCACCAGCGUUGCCCAGUUUAAUCUUAAUUUCUAUUUAUUUUCUUAAUUUAAAUCACUUUGUUAUUGACAUCAUCCGGAUAUAACAGCUGUGUUCACACGUCAGCUGAAUUAAUAUAUUUACUUCAGAGGGAUGAACCCUAAAUUAAUUGAUUAAAUUGGUAAACGUAUCAAAAGGAAGCAGAAAUAACUUCAUAACGAUAUCGAUGAAUAAAAAGUCUGAAUUGA